AUGGUAACCCGACUACACAGACAUACACAAAUGCACACACUACCGUCUGACGCGAACAUGUGGGCACACACCCCAUUCCACUGUGGAAUAUAGACCGUUAUUUUUAGCGCUGGCGUGGUCCCUGGCUCAGAGGUCGACACACAGACACACACACACACACACACACACACAUUACCCACAUGCCUCUCCUCAGCUUCAGAAGAGAGAAGGAGCCUGUAUGUGCAUGACUGAGAAGACAGUCUAUUUCAGAUUGAGUACAUCAGACAAGAACACGGAAACAUAGUCAAGAAAAAGUGGCAAAACCUUGUGGAAGGACAGAAGACAGAGAGACCCUGAGAGAGGAGGACACCUUCCAUCACAGAGGACAGUGGCAAGACCCCCUUCUUUCUUCUCCCUGGGGCAUGGAGCAAGAACACUCUACGGGAGUUUUUGGCUUGACACUGACUUGAAGACGGACACGCAUGAAGCAAUUUCAACACAGAGCAACCAUCCAGAAGCUUCUCGAGUUUCAGAGUGAGCCAUCUGCAAUCGUUCAUCUCAGAGACAAUACAGAGGGAUUUCAAUGGGACUUUCAAAGGGAAUCCAAGGGUAACUUGUCUUCUAACCAAAAACAAUCUAUCAAUAACUUUCUAAAUUAGCCUGUGCCAAAGUGACACCUAAGCCAGGAGACUUGAGAAGGGAAUUACUUGAUUGUUUCUAUUGCUUUUGUGACAGUGAACUGGCAGUAUUGACGCAAACUUGGUACAGAAGAGUUUAUGCUGCUGUUGCGCUGGGCACCUAGAGGACUGUAAUCCGAGCUGUGACACACUGCUGUAAUUACAAAGCAGCAUGGAAGAUUAGUAAUUAAAGCAGCUAUAAAAAGCAGCUGGCACAGGGCGAGGUUAGAGGGGCUGGGACGUCCCCUACACACACCGUUACUGUGGGAACACGCACACCACAAAAAUCACUUUUUAAAGUAUCUAGUACACACUCACACACACUGUGAACAGCUUCUUUAAAAGGCACAAGAAAACAUAUAACACACCAUACCCAUAUUUAAAGUAAUACCAAUACACACAGUUCAUAGACUGUUCUAGAUAUUUCUACAAAGACCAACUGAGAAAGUGUGCACAGAUAUAUAACAGGCCUGAUCAUGGAUCCCCAUGGUGGCCACUACCUGAACAAGAGUGCAGUGCUCUCUGGCCUGGGUAUCGCCCGCAUUUGCCAGCUGCUUCUGGGCUGCACCACCAUGUCUCUGGUUUCCCACAGCGCCGGCUACAAGGCCGACUACGGCGUGUACUGCAUGUUUGUGUGGUGCUUCUGUUUUGCCGUCACACUGGUGGUCUUCACGAUGGACGUGACGCGGCUCCACGGCUGCGUGCCCAUCUCCUGGGACAACUUCACCGUGUCCUUCGCCAUGCUGGCCACGCUCAUGUACAUCACCGCCUCUGUGGUCUACCCCGUGUACUUCCUGAGCAACGAGUGUCCGUCAGAGGGCUGCGAGACUCGAGACUACCGCAUAGCCGUCACCGUCUGCUCCAGCGUCUGCUGCUUCGCCUACGGCGCUGAGGUCUUCCUCACCCGGGCCAAGCCGGGUAACGUGGUAGGCUACAUGGCCACGCUGAGCGGCCUGCUGAAAGUGGUGCAGGCCUUUGUCGCGUGCAUCAUCUUUGGAGCACUGGCUAAUGACAGCGAGUACAACAGACACAUACCCACGCAGUUCUGUGUGGUGGUGUACAGCCUGUGCUUCGCCGUAACCGUCUUAGUGGUGGCGGCGACUGUGUCGGGCCGCACGGCCGCGCUGCGCUUCCCCUUUGACCGCUUUGUGGUGAUCUACACGUUCGUGGCUAUGCUGCUGUACCUUAGUGCUGCUGUGAUCUGGCCGGUGUUCAGCUUUGACAGGAAAUAUGGGACACCAGGCAGGCCUUACAACUGCCCACGUGGACAAUGCCCUUGGGACAGCAAGCUGGUUGUGGCUGUGUUCACCCAAGUCAACUUGAUCCUCUACUUUAGCGACCUCGUCUAUUCACAAAGGAUCCGUUUUGUCUCUCACUCAUCAGUCUAGAGAGUCUGCCAUUCCCACCUCGGACAACGUUGUCCUUUUGGUGAUAUUCAUUCAAAAUGCCACUGUUCUAAUAUCUACUGGAAACACUUGUAUUCUGGUAUUCAAUGGAAUACCCUUUACUCAAU